UAGACAGACAAACAGACAGCUGAAUAGACAGACAGACAGAAAGCUAAAUAGAAAGACUGACAGACAGCUGAACAGUUAGAUAGACAGAAAGCUGAAUAAAAACAGACAGACAAACAUUUAGAUAGAUAGAUAGAUAGAAACAAAAACAGUAGAGCGUAUUAUAGCGCAGUAAUAAAGACUAACAGCCGCCAUAAACGUUUGAAAUCGAUCGUUUUGGAAAGAUGCCCGUGAUUAUGAAAACCGUCUAGAGUUACUUUGUAAUAGGUGGAGUGAGAGAACAAGAGAGCAUGUUCACUCCACCUAUCGGCGCAGUUUACUUUAAUGUGAUGGCUGUUUUUCAAUACAGUAAACCCGGUGCAGCUGACAGCGAUUCACGCAUGGACACAAUCAAAUACACCGGCGGCUAUCGUUCUGCAUUUGGACCGUUUCGGUUGAUAAGUGAUAAAGACUGCAUGUGCUCGUCAUGAUGAGGGUCUGUCAUGUUUCACAUCUGUCAGUAGAUCAGAGGAACAGAUGAAAAGUUGGACGGAGGAAGUUGCAGUGAAGCCCAUGUUAGCCAACAGCGCUAGCUCGAUCAGCUCAAACGACACUUAUUUGACAUUUACAUGCUAUUUAAUUCACUAUAGCAUGUAUGCAAAGGUGUAAAUACUGUUUAUAAUCACUUGCAUUGAAGUUUUGUGUCGCCCCGUUGUUCGUUUUUGGUCAAGUGAGUUUAUUAGCUUGACAGUUGCUAGCUGUUAUUUUGAACUACCUCUUCUUUCUGUCAGGAUAUGUUGUUUGCGAGAUUAUUUACCAUAGUCAGCGUGUUUUACGUUAUUUACGCACAACAUAUUGACAUUAUUACUAUUUGCCCUUGAUCUUGAACCACUUUAAGAAAUGGGAAUCUGAAGGUAUUGCUCAGAGGUUACUAUAUGUCAUUGCUCAAGAGACUUGAAGGACUUCUCAGCUGUGUCAUUGAUGCAGAAACAAAAAUAGGCUGAAACAGAAACUAGAAUAUUAUUGACCUAAAGAAACAGUAUAGACAGAGCUAUAAAAUUAACUAUAGAAUAGAAUAGCUCAGAUAAAUUGUUCUUGGAUGAAUUUAAUGAGGCAUGUUUGAGUUUAUAUUGAGAUCUCUGACUUCUGAUAGCAAACUUUGGUAUCUUAACAUAUCUGAGCACAGUCUGAGACAUUGUUGAGAUCGCUUCUGAAACUCCAGAGGAGACACGUGGGAUCAAGAAGCAAGAGAAGUCUCAAAUUGAUCUCCAUUUAAGUCUGUUUGCAUUUGAGAUUUGCUCAGAAACAUUUGAGAUUUCCAGUGAAUUGACCAACUUGGAAAAAAAUGUUAAAAUUGCAAUUGAAACUGUUUAAAGGCCUUUUAAAUUAGUUUACAUGAAUAUAUGGUCAUAUAGCUGUGAACAUUAGCGAUAUCUACUUUCCAAGAUCUUUUGUCAGUAGCAAUAAGCUACAAUCAAUAUGCCUGUGUACUCAAAAUUGCCUUCCCAGCUCAAGAAGCCCUUUGCGAGAAAGACGGUUCUCCUCCUCCUUGCUCUUUAUGGGGUGAAGAAACUUUCUCCUUAUGUAUAUGGCAGACUCAAAGGAAGGACUAGUAAACAGGUUAAUGGCGCCGACCCGGUGAACUCCAAAGGAGAAUCCCAAGAAGUUGCAGAGAGCAGAAAAAAGAAAAACUCUCCAGCUGUGAACCGUGAAUUCUUGGAGAGAUUGAGCCAUCUCUUGAAAAUCCUCUUCCCUCGCUUUUUCUGCAAAGAACUCGGCCUGCUCGGCUUCCACUCUCUCGCCCUCAUUUCACGCACCUUUCUGUCCAUUUACGUGGCCAACUUGGAUGGGAAAAUUGUUAAAACCAUAGUGAAGAAAGACCCCAGGGCGUUUGUGGUGGAGUUAACCAAGUGGCUGCUCAUUGCCAUUCCGGCCACGUUUGUGAACAGUGUAAUCCGUUACCUGGAAGGUCAGCUCGCCCUUGCCUUCCGCACCAGGCUGGUCACCCAUGCCUACAUGCUAUAUUUCAGUGACCAGACGUACUAUCGUGUCAGCAACAUGGAUGGUAGGUUGGCAAACCCUGACCAGUCCUUAACAGAAGAUAUGGUCAUGUUUGCUGGCUCUGUGGCUCAUCUGUACUCAAACCUAACCAAACCAAUUCUCGACGUGGUGGUCACCUGUUACACACUCAUAAAAGCUGCUGAGUCCAAAGGUGCCAACACCACAUGGCCCUCUAUCAUAGCUGGCAUCGUGGUUGCACUUACCGCCAAGGUUCUGAGAGCGUUCUCGCCCCGAUUUGGUAAACUGGUGGCCGAGGAGGCCAGGAGGAAAGGGGACCUGAGAUACAUGCAUUCACGUAUUAUCGCCAAUUCAGAGGAGAUCGCUUUCUAUGGGGGACAUAAGAUCGAGAUGUUGCAGCUGCAGCGGAGCUACAGUGCGCUGUCCAAGCAAAUUAACCUGAUCCUGUUCAAGAGAUUGUGGUAUGUCAUGCUUGAGCAGUUCCUGAUGAAAUAUCUCUGGAGUGCAUCGGGCCUGGUCAUGGUCGCUGUGCCCAUCAUCACUGCUACCGGGUACUCUAAAUAUGAUUCAGAGGAUGUGAAGCAAGCAGCCCUGGUAAUGAAAGAGGAGGACUUGGUGAGUGAACGUACACAGGCCUUCACCACGGCCCGAAACCUUCUAAAUGCUGGAGCUGAUGCUGUGGAGAGAAUCAUGAGCUCCUACAAAGAGGUCACAGAACUGGCUGGAUAUACGGCCCGUGUGUACGAGAUGUUCAAGGUGUUUGAGGAUGUGCGUGUCGGGGUGUACCGCCGCUCGGCCAUGGAGGUGAAGCCGGAGGAGAUGGGUGCUGCUCAGGAGGUGAAACAUGGCAUGCGAGUGGAAGGACCGCUGCAAAUCAGAGGUCAGGUGAUCGAUGUGGAACAGGGCAUCAAAUGUGAGAAUCUGCCCAUUAUAACCCCAACAGGUGAUGUGGUGGUUUCCUGCCUGAACAUCCAGGUUGAUGAAGGAAUGCAUCUGCUCAUCACAGGACCCAACGGUUGUGGAAAAAGCUCUCUGUUCAGAAUCCUGAGUGGUCUGUGGCCCGUCUACAGUGGAGUUCUCUACAAGCCUUCACCUGAGCACAUGUUUUAUAUACCUCAAAGGCCGUAUAUGUCGGUGGGAACGCUGCGAGAUCAGGUGAUCUAUCCUCACUCUGUUCAAGAGAUGCUGGAGAAAAACGUCACUGACCAGCAACUGGAGGACAUCCUUAAAAUGGUAAACCUCUGCUACAUCCUGGAGAGAGAGGGAGUUUGUAAUAUAUUGUCAGGUUGGGAUGCAGUGAACGAUUGGAAGGACGUGUUGUCUGGAGGAGAAAAGCAGAGGAUGGGAAUGGCCAGAAUGUUUUACCACAAGCCCAAAUAUGCCCUGCUGGAUGAGUGCACGAGUGCUGUGAGUAUUGAUGUGGAGGGCAAAAUCUUUGAAGCAGCGAAGGAUGCCGGGAUUGCGCUUCUCUCUAUUACACACCGUCCAUCUCUCUGGAAGUACCACUCCCACCUGCUGCAGUUUGAUGGCGAGGGUGGCUGGCGCUUCGAGAAGCUGGACGCCUCCACGCGGGUCUCCCUGCAAGAUGAGAAGCACCGACUCAAAACCCAGCUCUCAGGAAUUCCCAAGAUGCAACAGCGCCUGGCAGAGCUGUGCCGCAUUCUGGGGGAGGACAGCAGCCUGCCGAACCCAGGGGAGGUGGAGGAGGGCGGGAAGGAGGGAGAGAGGGAGCAGCAGAAAAGAAAGGAAGGGGAGAUGGAGAGAGAUGUGAUGUCUACUGGAAAAGAUAAAGACCUUAUUGAGUGAUUUGUAGACAGAUGACAGAUGUGUUCAAGGCCAGGUGUAAGUGUUUGUGUGUGUGCACAUAAGGGCUGGGCAAUAUAGUAAAAAAAAGGGAACAUUUCUUUUUUUUCAGCCAAUCAAUGAUAUUCAAUAUACAUUUUAAUGUUUAAUGUAUUUGUUUUGAAAUGGCAUAGAAGGUUUUUCUUUUCGUUUUUCUUUUUUUAUCAAUGGAAUCAGCAUUUCAACUAAACAGUCACCGGUGACAUGUGUAUUCAAAUUAUUUACUUUAGAAGUUAAAUACAAUAAAAUAAUAAAAAGGCAUGUCCACACUGUUUUCCCUGGUUGAACACAAAGAAGAUUGACACUUAAUAAUUUUCAUAUGCACACCUAUUGCAAAAAAAAAAAAAAAAAAAAAAAAAAGAGAGAGAGGGGUAAUAUUUAUAUACAGUUGUGCUCAAACGUUUGCAUACCCUGGCAGAAAUUGUGAAAUUUUGGCAUUGAUU